CAACAACUGAAACGUCAUUAAAACAUUGAAAAACCGCAAAAAUGUACUUAAUAAUUACUCUAUCACUGAAUUAUUACCUAAUUGUCUCUCCUUUGUGUAAAUAAAGCUUGAUUAAUGAGAUAAGUGAGGUGUCUUGUCCAAUUUUUUGUGACAGUUACAUAACCUAUAAUGUUGCGUCGGGGUUUCGUAAUUUUGCGACGGUUUUCAACCGCGGGGCCCAAAGGGGGCCCCUCGAGCCGCUUCCAGUACACGAUUAGGGCAGCUUUCGGCAAGUAUUUGCUCGUGACAAACACGGUGAGCUCGGGGGUGCUCAUGCUCCUGGGGGACGUGGUCGAGCAGGAGUUCCACCACGAUUUCAAGGCACGUGGGGAUGAGCCCCGCUACGAUUACGCCCGUUUAGGUAGGAUGUUUCUGGUGGGUUUGGGGAUGGGGCCCGUCCACCACUACUAUUACGGUUUUAUUAACAAAUUGUGGCCUUUGCGGGACAUGGUGACUGUUAGUAAAAAGAUUCUAGCCGAUCAGAUUGUUAUGUCGCCGAUUUGUAUAGCCCAGUUUUUUUAUACACUAGGGCUGCUAGAACAGAAACCUGUAAAGAGGAUAAAUGAGGAGUUUUUAGGCAAAUUUGGGGCUGUCUACACGAUGGAUUGGUGUGUGUGGCCCCCGACACAAUUUAUCAAUUUUUAUUUAAUCCCCUGUAGAUAUCAAGUUAUUUAUAUUAAUUUCGUCACUAUGAUUUAUAACGUAUUUUUAUCGUAUAUCAAGCACGAAUAUUAACCAAUUUAAAUAAGACCAAAAGUAUUGCAAUGCCAAGAGAGAAAUAAUGAAAAAUAAAAAUUAUGCAACCAGU